AUGAAGCGGGACUUCACAUGGGUGCAAUCCCUCGGCAUCCUCUUCGACCACCACCAACUCUUCAUCGGCGCCAAGAACACCCCCACCUGGAACGACGCAGACGACCGCCUCGACCUGGCCUUCGACGGCCACCCAGUCUUCCUCGCCGACGGCGAAGACGCCAACGCCGUGGUGAUUGCAGUGGAGGGGAACUUCCAGAUCAAAGCCAGAGUGGUGCUCAUCACGGAGGAGGAUUCGCGGGUCCAUAAUUACGGGAUCACCGGAGAAGACUGCUUCGCGCAUUUGGAUCUGAGCUUCAAGUUCAAGUCGCUGAGCGGGGAGGUGAACGAUGUUCUGGGACAGACUUAUGGGAGGAAGUACGAGAGCAGGGUGAAGAUGGGAGUGGCGAAGACAGUCUUGGAAAAGACAGUAAAUAACACAUUUAUAAGCUCAUUGGAGAAGACAGUCUUGCACAUCGGAGAAGAAAAAGUCAUCGCCGGAAAAUUGGGAAUAUUAUUGGAGAAGAAAAAAGAGGAGUAA